GACGCGCACACGCGGCGGAUAACUAAAGCAUAAAGUUUCUUAUAGGAAGCUUUCCCCUUCUCUCUUUUUUUUUUUGUUAUAAUCUAUACAUAUUAUAAUUCACAAUGGCUAGAAGAUACGAUUCAAGAACAACUAUUUUUUCACCCGAAGGUCGUUUGUACCAAGUCGAAUAUGCCAUGGAGGCUAUUACUCUUGCUGGUAUCGCCUUGGGCAUUCUCGCAAAAGACGGUGUUGUGAUUGCUGCAGAAAAGAAAGUGACCUCAAAGCUUUUAGAGCAAUCCGCUUCAUCUGAAAAAAUUUAUAAAUUAAACGAUAAUAUUAUUUGUGGUGUUGCAGGUAUAACAGCCGAUGCAAAUAUUUUAAUCAAUUGGACACGAGCUAGUGCGCAACGCUAUUUGUUUGCUUAUAAUGAAGAAAUUCCUGUUGAACAACUCGUUCAAAACUUGUGUGAUUUAAAGCAAGGUUAUACUCAAUAUGGUGGUUUGCGUCCAUUUGGUGUUUCAUUUAUUUUUGCAGGUUAUGAUGAACAUCAUGGAUUCCAACUUUAUCAUUCAGAUCCUUCUGGUAAUUAUGGUGGUUGGAAGGCUACAUGUAUUGGUGCCAAUAAUGCUACAGCACAAAGUAUUUUAAAACAAGAUCAUAAAGAUGAUAUGACAUUGGAGGAAGCAAAGGCAUUGGCUAUUAAGGUGUUAAGUAAAACAAUGGAUAGCACAACAUUAUCAAGUGAAAAGUUGGAAUUUGCUACUAUUAAACUUGUUGAUGGAAAGGUUAAAUAUGAUCUUUACAAACCUGCCGAGAUUGAUGCUUUGUUGAAGGAACAAAAUGUUGGUGCUAGUGCUACAGAAACAGCUCAAUAGUUUAGUUAUAUAUAUGCAUAUAUAUCGAAAUAAAACAAGUAUAUAAUAGUAUAGAUGUCAUGUUUUAUUUAAGGAUAAAGAUAAAAUGCAAUCCAUCCACAAAUAAACGUCAUGAUAAAUGAGGAUAGAAUGUUAACUUGAUGAUUAUCUAAUAAGGGUAUACCACUAAUAACUUUAAUAUUUUCAUCUUCUUUAACUUUUUCAGGCACAAUCUUUUUCCUGUCUUCAGAAUAUAAACUUUGUUGAACUGUUGCGCCCAAUAAAGAAUCAAU